AUGGUAAUGUCUUCAAAUCACACCAACCUCAGAGACAUCUGGUACACCAUGAUUGGGAUCCCAGGACUAGAAUAUGCACACAUUUGGCUCUCUAUCCCCAUUUGUUCAAUGUAUAUAGUGGCCCUUGCAGGCAAUACCCUAUUAAUAUUCCUGAUCUUCACUGAUCACAGUCUUCAUGAACCGAUGUACCUUUUCCUCUCUAUGUUGGCCCUGGCUGAUAUCAUUCUAUCUACAGUGACCACACCAAAGGUUCUUGCAAUCUUCUGGUUUCGAGCUGGAGGCAUUUCUUUUGCUAGCUGUGUGUCUCAGAUGUUUUUUCUCCACUUUAUGUUUGUGACAGAGUCUGCCAUACUGCUGGCUAUGGCAUUUGACCGUUAUGUGGCCAUCUGCUUUCCACUAAGGUAUACUACCAUUCUAACUCCCUCAGUCAUCGGCAGAAUGGGCCUUGCAUCUGUGACUAGAAGCUUCCUCAUCUGUUUCCCCUUGGUCUUUCUUGUUUAUCGGCUCACCUACUGUGGGAGAAACAUCAUUCGGCACUCAUACUGUGAACACAUGGGCAUUGCCAGGUUGGCCUGUGACAGCAUCAAAGUCAAUAUUUACUAUGGAAUGACUGUACCUUUAUUUUCCAUAGGCCUGGACAUUGUGCUUAUCAUCAUCUCUUACACCCUUAUACUUCAUUCAGUAUUUAGAAUUCCAUCUCGAGAUGCCCGACUCAAGGCUCUGGGUACAUGUGGCUCCCAUGUCUGUGUCAUCCUUCUGUUUUAUACACCUUCUCUCUUUACCUUUUUUGCUCACCGUUUUGGGGGCCACAGCAUACCGCGUCACAUGCACAUUCUCUUUGCUAACCUCUAUGUGGUGGUACCUCCUACCCUCAACCCCAUCAUUUAUGGAGUGAAGACGAAGCAAAUUCAAGAGAGGAUUUUCCAGAUGUUUUCUUUCAGUAAGGCAUGUUUUUGA